AUGUUCAGCAUAUCGUCUAUCAUCUACCUCAUCCUGAGGAUGGCAACAGCAAGUGAAGGGCUCCUCGUUCUUCAUGACGACUCCUUCCAGCCUGACCAUAUCAUUCAUGUCACCAGUCAGAAUUAUUACCAAGCAUGCAUGGAACGGUACUCAGUCCUGGUGAACGGGUCGUCUCCCGGACCAGAGCUGCGUCUCCAGGAAGGUAACGUGAGCUGGAUUCGUGUCUACAACGACAUGGAGGAUUUGAACGUCACAAUGCAUUGGCAUGGCCUUUCUGCCUUCACCGCGCCUUUCUCUGAUGGGACUCCCAGCGCCAGUCAAUGGCCCAUCCCGCCUGGUCACUUCUUUGACUAUGAACUCUGUCCUGAGGUCGGCUAUGCUGGUACAUACUUCUAUCAUUCCCAUGUUGGCUUCCAGGCAGUCACUGCCACGGGCACCCUUAUUGUUGAGUCAGCCCAGCCGCCACCAUAUAAGUAUGAUGAAGAGCGCAUUAUUACUCUAUCAGACUUCUUCACAAAGACGGAUGAAGAGAUUGAGCAAGGUCUCACAUCAUCUAAUUUCAUGUGGAGUGGAGAGACCAAUGCUGUCUUAGUAAACGGCCAAGGCCGACUGGCCACUAAUGCUACCGGGUCGUGCAAGCUGGCUGCUAUUAGUGUUAAGCCUGGGAUGACGUACCGUUUGCGGUUCGUUGGGGCAACAGCUCUAUCUUUUGUCUCAUUGGCCAUCGAGAGCCAUGAUGUGCUAGAAAUCAUCGAGGCGGACGGUCACUACACAAAGCCUGUGAAGACGAGUUACUUGCAGAUUUCUAGCGGCCAGCGGUACAGUGUUCUUUUGAAGGCCAAGACUGAGGCUGAGUUGCACGAAGCAAAGUCCCUACAAUUCUACUUCCAGAUCACCACGAUGGGCCGCCCAACUGUCCUGACCACAUUCGCAGUCUUAGAGUACCCGUCUCCCACCACAACUGAUUUAACCACCGUCCCUGCCACUCCUCCCCUCCCUGUAGCUAAUCUCACUUACGGCUGGCAGGACUAUGCCUUAGAGUCUUACUACCCCGAUCCUGACUUCCCAACCGUUGAGGAAGUAACCCGGCGCAUUAUCAUUAAUGUUCACCAAAAUGUUAGUGAUCAUAUCAUCUGGCUCCAGAGCGGGUAUGACUGGAUGGAGACAUUUCCCAAGUCGCCAUACCUGGUUGAUGUCUAUGAGGGUAAACUUGACCUUGACGCCUCGUACAGCCGUGCAAUUGCUAGUGGCUAUGGGUUUGAUAACCAGACCCGCCUCUUCCCUGCCAAGAUGGGCGAAGUCCUUGAGAUUGUCUGGCAGAAUCAAGGUGCUGUUAGUACUGGCCAUGUGGAGAACCACCCAUUCCAUGGACACGGCAGACAUUUCUAUGACAUUGGUGGCGGGGAUGGGUUGUAUAACCUGACGGAGAAUGAGAAGCGAUUAAAUGGCACACGUCCAAUGCCUAGGGACACAACGGUUCUGUACUCAUAUAGAAGCCAAAUAACUCCUCUUACGCCAUCAGGCUGGAGAGCGUGGCGUAUCCGGGUUACAGAUGCCGGCGUUUGGAUGAUGCAUUGCCAUAUUCUUCAGCAUAUGGUGAUGGGCAUGCAGACAGUUUUUUCUUUUGGCAACCAGACGGCUAUCAAGGCACAAUCAGCACCUGUUGAUGAGGGCUAUCUAACGUAUGGUGGCUCAGCAUACGGGAACGUUACUUAUUUCCCUCUUGUACAGCACUUUUUUUGA